UGGCAGUUGAAGAAGUUCUUUUUUAUUAUUUCCAGACCAGGGCUGAGUCUUCUGUCCAGAAACAGCAGUUGUGGUAAGUUUAGCAUCCUGACAAAAAAGAUAAAUAAAGGUCAGAGUGCUGCAGAAGAGAACCAAGAAUGGGUACCGAACCUGGUGCGGUCCAAAUAGUGACCGUUAAUAAGGAGGAUCACUCUUUUGGCUUGGACACAGAAGCACUUGAGCGGAUACUGCUAGCGCCUAAGGUCCGAGACAUGGACGUGGUGGUGUUGUCUGUUGCCGGAGCCUUUCGAAAGGGCAAGAGUUUCCUCCUGGACUUCAUGCUUCGAUACAUGUAUAGGAAGUCCAGUGAGGACUGGCUUGGGCGGGAGGAUGAGCCCCUGACUGGAUUCUCUUGGAGAGGCGGCUCAGAACCAGAGACCACUGGCAUCCAGCUGUGGAGUGAAGUCUUCAUCGUGAGGAAAAGCAAUGGCAGAGAGGUGGCAGUGUUGCUUAUGGACACCCAGGGAGCCUUUGAUCACCAGUCCACCGUGAAAGACUGUGCUACAAUCUUUGCCCUCAGUACCAUGACCAGCUCGAUACAGAUUUAUAACUUAUCACAGAAUAUUCAAGAAGACGACCUACAGCAGCUUCAGCUGUUUACAGAGUAUGGCAGGCUGGCAAUGGAUGAAAUCUUUUUAAAGCCUUUUCAGUCACUCAUGUUUCUGAUCAGAGACUGGAGCUUCCCCUACGAGUAUGACUAUGGAUUGAAAGGAGGCAGUGAAUUCUUGGAUAAACGGCUUCAGGUGAAGAAUUCUCAGCAUGAGGAGCUGCAAACAGUGAGACAGCACAUUCAUUCCUGCUUCACCUCCAUCUCCUGCUUCCUGUUACCUCACCCUGGCCUGAAAGUUGCUACAAGCCCUUCCUUCCAGGGCCAACUCUGUGAUGUGGCUCCAGAGUUUAAAAAAGAGCUCUGCAGCCUGAUUCCAACCCUGCUGGAUCCUGACAAACUGGCAGUGAAAGAGAUCAAUGGCAACAAAGUGACCUGCAGGGGCCUGCUAGAGUACUUCAAGUCAUACAUCAAGAUAUACCAAGGAGAAGACCUACCACACCCAAAGUCCAUGCUACUGGCUACAGCAGAAGCUAACAACUUGGCAGCUGUGGCAUCCGCAAAAGACCAGUACUACAAGGAUAUGGAGAAGGUGUGUGGUGGAGACCUUCCCUAUGUAGCGCCUGACUCUCUGGAAGAAAAAAAUAAAUUCUUUUUGCGUGAGUCUCUCCAUCACUUUGCCAGCAUAAAAAAGAUGGGUGGGCAGGACUUCUGCAACCGCUACCAGGCUCAGUUGGAAUCAGAGCUAAAUGAGUUAUGGGAGUCUUUCAGCAAACACAACGAGUCAAAGAAUGUUUUCAGUGCUUUUCGCACACCAGCCGUGCUUUUUGUCCUGGUUUGCCUUCUGUAUGUGCUCUCCGGACUCUUACUUUUCAUUGGCCUGGGCAGUGUUUCCUUUGUGUGUGACUGUAUGCUGGGGCUGGCCAUGAUCGCUAUGCUCACCUGGGCCUUCAUUCGCUACUCUGGCCAGUACCGAAGUGUCGGCUCUGCCAUAGACCAGGGUGCUGGAGUGUUACUGGAGCAGGCUACAGGCAUGCUGAACAAGACAAGAGGCCAGGUGGUUACACAAGAGAAGAAAUCAAGAUAGCUUUUCAGACAAAUCCAAGAUUCCAGAAUGAGAUGCAAACUGCACAUAUUUUGACACCAAAUAUUGGUAACACACUUCUCUAAACAUGGCACUUAAACUUGGCUUCUUCUACAGCUUCUCAUUAAAAGGUGCAAUCAGUGUGUUUUAGCAUAGCAAACAGGAUGCCAGAUUUGAUCUGCUCAAUCCAAACGGAUAAUGAUCUGCUUUUUUUAUAAACAGCUGGGUUUAUUAUCCAUUUUUCUACAUGUUUAAGUUUGUAGUAACAUUUUCUAAGUGGUGCUGUUGCUUGUGGAAAUGUAUUGAUUGUAUCUUUUAAUUGUGAAAACCAUUGUGUUGUUUCUGAACAUCAGCACAAACACAUAAGUACAAAAUCACCUGCCAGCAUAUCAGGCACAAGUGUGGUUUGCCACAAGGGCUUUUCUCCUUAAAGGAGCUGAAAUGAUUAGUUUACAGUGUCUUAUUUUAAUACUACCAAAGACUUUGCCCUUUGUAGUGAGACUCGCAGGCACCUUCAAUGGCAGUUUGGGAUGCUUAGUAUUGUUGUACUGCACUUGUCACAAAAGGCUUUUCCAAAUAUAUAUAUAUAUAUAUAUAUAUAUAUAUAUAUAUAUAUAUAUAUAUAUAUAUAUAUAUAUCCCUGCUCAUCUUUGUACAUGAUUAGCCAUGACUUUAUCAAGACUUGAGCUUAUACUGUGUAAAAAAUGUAACCGCACUACAAUACGUGGCAUUUACAGAGCUUUGUUAUCUUGGCACCAGCAUGGGACCAUGUAUACACAUUCCAUCUUUCUGUCUUACAUGUAUUUUUCUGGGGUUUUUCCCUCUUUUUUCUGUGAUUCUUUUUUUUUUGUAUGGAGUUAGUAUGGCAGUCUCUGCACUGUGUUCAAUAUACCCAUGUAACUCCCAAACAAUAUUCCCCAACAAACCCAAGUAUAAGAUUCCGAUAUCCCUUUUGUGGUUGUGUGUUUGCAGUGUUCUCAUAUUCCUGUGUUUUGGGAACCAUACUUGUCAGAGAAUGUGUGGUCAUUGUAGCAUUGAAAGUUAGAUGAAGGAUUACUUUUUGUUUUGUGUUCACAAAAUCGCAUUUGACCAUAUGUAUGACAUGCUGUCAUUUGGCCAUCACUGAAUAUUUUACAGCCUCGAUAAGCAAUAAUUUCACUAUAAUGUGAAGGCUUGUCUUCUUGAGUUCUGUGUCGCCUCAUUGUAGUUUUCUGGAUCACUCAGGGAUGAUCAGCAGCAUGUCAUAGAUGUGCUGAAAAGUGAUUUAGGUUUUGGAUUUGGGUCUUUAGUACCAUGUCUAUUAGUCUCCAUCUUUCUCUGUUGCUGGUUGAGUUUUAUGAGGGUGAACAGGUCAUGUUCUUCUUUUUUUCUUUUUUUUCUUCCAAAAGGUUAUUUUGUCCGCUUCCCUGUUGUAUUGUUUAUUGUAAUCAGUUUAAACAUCGGGAGCUGGCCGAGUACUGUUAAAGCACAUUCUAAACACAUUCCAAUAUACCUUUGCCUUUAAAUUCAUGAAUGCAUCUUAAUUGAACACUCCUCAGUUCUUGUGGAGUUUACACCUUUAACAACCAAGGAAAUGUUCCAAAAAUGGACUGCUUGCCCAAAAGACAAUAUAUUUAAGAAAAAUAUACAGUUUGUGCACUUGAGAAAGAACAGGGCUGAGAACCUUGUUUUUGUUUGAAUACAAGCAACUCUUAAACCAAAUACAAAGGCGCAGUUAUGGACAAUGAGGAUCCGAGUACUGAUAUCUCGGUCACCUGUCCAUCACUCACAUUUCCCUGAUGUUUUUCCGCACAGAUUCCAUGUCUUUGAAGCCUCAGUUGGGGCCUCUGCUUUGUGUGUUGUACUUCAUUUAUUCUGUCAAUAAAAAGGACAAUGCUUAAACUGCUCUAAUGAUUUGGGGUUUAAUACAUGCACCCCAUUCAUACAGCAUUUUAUUGUUACAUUACCUUAUGCAUUCCAUUAAUAAAGUUACAAGCAUGCCAUA